AUGAUCCAAUAAAAUUUAAUGGGUAUUUACUUCUCAAUAAAUCUUAUGAUGGAUUAAUUUUAGAUGAUUAGAAAAGGGGAUUUGAUAUUUUAUAAUAGAUAAUAGGAGAUUUUUAUUAUAGCUUAAAAUGAAUAUUGA